AUGGAUGCUGUGGCAGAGAGAGCCAAAGAGAUCGGCAAGGAGGCGGCUGAGGACGGGGUCUGCAGCAUAUUCCAGUACGUGCGCAGCAAGGUGCAGAGGUUCAUGACCCGGACAUCAGGCGCACCCAAGGCGGAACCGACACCGAUGGACUGGAUCUUGGAGAUGCGCACGAUGGGGUUGAAGAUCCAGUACGACACGCCCAUCCGCGGGCAUGUGGACUGGAUCAAAGACGAGAUCUUGUUCCGGCGGGCGCAGUUCGGCAUGGGCCAGCUAUCCAACAUGAUGCACGGGCUGGUGCAGGAGGCCAGGGAGAUGCUUGCUAAGCUGACGAUGACAGGCAAGGGAGAGAAGCUAAGGCAGGCGCUGCUAGCAAUCCUGUGGGCGUCUGUGGAGGACGACCACAGCGAGCAGCGGCUGGGAUACUUGUUCUUGCGGGACGAGCGCAACGCGGCGGACAACGCCAGGCAGGAGGUGUUCGACCCAACAGCCCGCCGGGCGUACAAGCACGCUUUCGGGCAGUUCCGCAAGCGUCUGUGGCUGUUGAUGCACAUGCUCAGCAGCCAGCCCAGGCGGGCGACAGAGCUGGCAGGGAUCCAGCACAGCAACACAGCAAACGGAGGGGUCCAGAACGUAUUUGCGCACAAGGGGUUGAUGUGCUUUGUGACGGCGUACCACAAGGGGUUCCGCAGCACAGGCCAGGCCAAGGUGAUCCACCAGUAUCUGCUGCAGGAGGCUGACAAGAUUCUGCUGGGGGCUAGGGGGCAGCAAGACAAGGAGAUAGAGCAGGUCGGCAGCACCAGCACAGACGACGGCAGCGACGACGGCACAGACGAGACGGCAGCGUGGACCAGCCAGCUACUUAGGAGCCAGCUCAACGUCAGCAUGUGGCGACACAUCGCCAUCGCCAUCGCCAACCAGUACUUGAACGAGGCAUUCGGACGACCCAGCGAGGGCGGGCCGGACGAGGACGACAAGGCAGACAACGUCGACGACAGCCCGCUCGUCUACGCGCGGCUCAUGAUGCAGUUCGGCAGCAGGACGGCGGCCAAGCAGCAGCAGUUCCGCCAGAUCAGCCAGCAGUGGCACCAGUUCUUCGACUUUAGCGCAGAAGACCGCAAGGCGGGGGCGGGGGCAGGGUCGAGGACGGGAGCCAAGCGGCAGGCCGAGCCGUACGACGGUGUCCGAACGGAGGCCCGGCUCCGGCGGCAGGGGCGUCUCCAGCAGGCCGAUCUGGAGGGGCAGCUUCGGCAGAUGGCGGGCGCACCGGGGGCAACGUUCCAGGGCAACCAGGCGCAGGCGGUACGGGCCAUUGUCGACAGGCACAGCCCAGUGGUGCAGAUCAUGGGGACAGGCGGCAGCAAGAGCGUGUCGUUCAUGCUGCCGGCGUUCUGCUCGCCCGAUGGGGUGACGAUCGUAGUGACGCCGCUUGUAUCGCUACGCUUGGAUUUGCACGUCUGCUGCAACAAAGCCAGGAUCCAGUCCAAGGGGUUCUACAACUUCAUCCUGCAGCUGCAGGCUAGGCAGGCGCUUGACUGGAUUGUUCUUAAUAAGUGCUACAUUGUGCUGGAGGGGAACGCAACAUUCCAGCUGAAGCUGCAGGAGGUUGGGGCCGCCGUGCGCGAGUUUGGGGUGCAGACAACGACGCAGAAGAACGUCCAGUACUUGGUCGUUGGCGUCAAGAGCAACAGCAAGGGCAGGGAGGAUGCAGUUAAGGCUAAGGUAGAGCAGCUAGGUAAGAUGCUAGGGUGCCUGACGUUCUUUAGCAGCGUCAACUUGGUUGAGGGUAAAGCAGUACGGCUAGAGACGUAG